UGUGGUGACAGCUUAAAGGCAUAGAUAAAGACAUUUUAAAGAAUCUAUAGUUAAUGACAUUCAUGUUAAUAAAAUAAUGGAAAUAUAAAAUAUAUGUCAAAAUUGGUCAAAAUCCAUAGGUCGAUGCCCAUAUUCUAAGUAAAAUAAGUAUUAAAUAUUUUUUAGUACAAAAAAAAAAACAUAACCAAAUAGCUAAUGUGUUUCAUUAGAUCAUGAUUAUACCUAUUAAUAAAUUUUGAAUAUAAUUAUAAUACCUAAUCACUGAACUGCCUUUUGAUAAUAUAUUCUAAUUUAAAAAUUUUGUGUUGUGAGAAAACUAAACCGGGACAAUGGAGAAUUCAGUACCAACCAGUACAAAAAAACGUUCAAAUAAGAAAAAUAAAAAAGCCGAUGAAGUGGCACGUAACAAUACUGAAACUGCAUCGUCACCUACUACCUCAGGAGAAGUGAUUGAAGAUAUAGAUAAUAAAUCGGAUCUAUCAGGUGCGUGUAAUAAUAUUUCAUUAAAAGACAUUCGAUUAGUCAUGGAUGUUCUAAAUUAUCAACGUAAGCCAGCUAAAACACCUGAAGAAGCAAAACAUAAAGAAUAUCAAUUUUGGUCAACACAACCGGUACCAAAAAUGGAUGAGAAUAUAUCAACGGAAUUUGGACCAAUCUUACCACCGGUAACAGACAUGUCUACAAUACGAACUGAAGCAUACACUCUACCACCUGGAUUCCAAUGGGAUACUUUACAAUUAGAUGAUCCAUUACAAUUGAACGAAUUGUAUACGUUGUUAAAUGAAAAUUAUGUGGAAGAUGAUGAUUCAAUGUUUCGUUUUGAUUAUCCGCCAACAUUUUUAAAAUGGGCCUUACAACCACCUGGUUGGUUGAAAGAUUGGCAUUGUGGCGUUCGUGUUGAAAAAUCAAAACGUCUUGUUGGAUUUAUUUCGGCUAUACCUGCUACGUUACGUGUUUACGAUCAUGUACAAAAGAUGGUUGAAAUUAAUUUUUUAUGUGUCCAUAAAAAAUUACGAUCGAAACGUGUUGCUCCCGUAUUGAUUCGAGAAAUUACACGACGUGUUAAUUUAAAAGGUAUUUUCCAAGCCGUUUACACUGCUGGUGUGGUUUUACCAAAACCAAUUGGUACAUGUCGUUAUUGGCAUCGUUCGCUCAAUCCAAAAAAACUAAUUGAUGUGAAAUUUUCACACUUAAGUCGUAAUAUGACGCUACAACGUACAAUGAAAUUAUAUAAACUGCCAGAGAAUGUAUGUACAAAAGGAUUUCGUAAAUUAACUGUAAAAGAUAUCCCACAAGCGCAUAAAUUGUUAGAAGAAUAUCUGAAAAAAUUUGAUUUAGCUCCGGUUUUCUCGGAAGAAGAGUUUCGACACUGGUUUACACCACAGGAUGGUAUUGUUGAUUCGUUUGUUGUCGUACAUGAUACGAAUAGUAAGGAUGCAAAACCAACGAAAUCAAAAAAACUUGUUAAUGGCGACCAUCAAAAUGAAAUUGUCACGGAUUUCGUAUCAUAUUAUACGUUACCAAGUACAAUUAUGCAUCAUCCCGUGCAUAAAACUUUAAAAGCGGCUUAUUCUUUUUAUAAUGUGAGCACACAAACACAAUGGGUUGAUUUAAUGAAUGAUGCCUUAAUAUCAGCGAAAAAUUUAAAUUUUGAUGUAUUUAAUGCACUUGAUUUGAUGGAUAAUCGUGAAUUCUUGGAACCACUUAAAUUUGGCAUUGGCGAUGGUAAUUUACAAUAUUAUUUAUAUAAUUGGCGAUGUCCACCGAUGAACACACAAAAAAUUGGACUUAUUCUUAUUACAAUAGUUUUGCAAUAA